CACUCUCGCCGCGCCUCCCUCCACCGCCGUCGCCUGCGCACUGCUUGCACGCGCUCCCUCGCAGUCGCCGCGAUCUCCUCUCGCGACCAGCUCCCUCGCGACUCUUUUCCCGCCCGGCCGCGGGCCGCUCGCCCACCAUGGCUACCACGUCGUCCAUGUUCAUGUACUCGCUGACGAUCCAGCCUCCCACUGCCGUCACGCAAGCCAUCCUGGGCCAAUUUGCCGGAACGAAAGAACAGCAGAUCCUGACUGCCUCGGGCUCGCGUCUCACCCUCCACCGCCCGGACCCGCAGGCGCAGCGCGUCACGCCCAUCCUCUCCCAUGACAUUUUUGGCAUCAUCCGCUCGCUGGCCGCCUUCAGGCUGGCGGGCAGCUCAAAAGAUUACAUCAUUGUCGGCUCUGACUCCGGUCGCAUCGCCAUCAUCGAGUACGUCCCGGCCCAGAACCGCUUCAGCCGCAUCCACCUCGAGACUUUUGGCAAGUCUGGCAUCCGUCGCGUCAUUCCCGGACAGUAUCUGGCCACCGAUCCCAAGGGCCGCGCAUGUAUAAUCGCCUCGGUGGAGAAGAACAAGCUGGUCUACGUCUUGAACCGCAAUGCCCAGGCCGAGCUGACCAUAUCCUCGCCACUGGAGGCCCAUCGACCUACGACGUUGGUGUACGCCAUGGUUGGCAUGGACGUGGGCUACGAGAACCCCAUCUUCGCGGCGCUGGAAGUCGACUAUGGCGAGUCGGACCAGGACCCUACCGGAAUGGCAUAUGACGCCUUGGAGAAAGAGCUGGUUUAUUACGAGUUGGACUUGGGUCUGAAUCACGUCGUUCGCAAGUGGUCCGACAAAGUGGACCGAACGGCCAACAUGCUCUUCCAGGUUCCUGGCGGCUCCGACGGCCCCAGCGGUGUUCUUGUCUGCGGCGAAGAGAGCAUCACUUACAGGCACAUCAACCAGGAGACCUUCAGGGUGGCGAUCCCGCGAAGAGAGCAUGCGACCGAGGACAGGAACAGGAAGCGCUUCAUCACCGCUGGUGUCAUGCACAAAAUGCGCGGUGCAUUCUUCUUCCUGCUGCAAAGCGAAGACGGUGAUUUGUUCAAGGUCACGCUGGACAUGGUCGAAGAUGAGAGCGGCCAACCUACGGGCGACGUAUCGAAACUUAAGAUCAAAUACUUUGACACCGUUCCCGUCGCGACCAGCCUUUGUAUCUUGAAGAGCGGUUAUCUCUUCGUGGCUGCCGAGUCAGGGAACCACCACUUUUAUCAAUUCGAAAAGCUCGGUGAUGAUGACGAAGAGCAGGAAUUCGACAGCACCCAGUUCCCCGCCGAUACCGAAGAACCGUACGAGCCGGUCUACUUCCGUCCUCGCUCCGCCGACAACAUUAGCUUGGCCCAGAGCAUAUCCAGCAUGAAUCCUACCAUGGCAACCAAGGUCGCCAACCUCACCGACGACGACGCGCCUCAAAUCUACAGCGUGUGUGGCACCGGAGCGCGAAGUUCGUUCAAGACGUUGAAGCACGGCCUGGAAGUCUCUGAGAUCGUCGAGUCCGAGCUUCCCAGUAUUCCUGAGGCUGUUUGGACGACCAAGAUUCGUAGGGACGACGAAUACGACGCCUACAUUGUUUUGUCUUUCUCCAACGGCACGCUGGUACUCAGCAUUGGCGAGACGGUCGAGGAAGUUACAGACACUGGGUUCUUGUCAUCGACUCGGACACUCGCUGUUCAGCUGCUAGGCGAGGAUGCUCUCAUCCAAGUUCACCCCCGAGGAAUUCGUCACAUCCAGGCGGGCGGUCGCAUAAAUGAAUGGCCAGCUCCUCAACACAGGACCAUCGUCGCAGCUUCCACCAACGAACGUCAGGUCGCCGUGGCGCUCAGCUCUGGCGAGAUUGUCUACUUCGAGAUGGAUGCCGAUGGUUCUCUCGCUGAGUAUGACGAGCGCAGAGAAAUGUCCGGUACGGUGACUUGUCUGAGCUUGGGCGAGGUUCCCGAGGGCAGAGUUCGCAGCUCGUUCCUUGCUGUUGGUUGCGACGACGCGACGGUGCGCAUCCUGAGCUUGGAUCCCGACUCUACUCUCGAGAACAAGUCCGUGCAAGCUUUGACUGCUGCACCUUCGGCACUCAACAUCAUGGCAAUGGCCGAUUCGUCGUCUGGGGGUUCCACAUUGUAUCUGCACAUCGGUCUCUACUCUGGCGUUUACCUUCGCACUGUUAUCGAUGAAAUCACCGGCGAGCUCACAGACACGCGCACGCGCUUCCUGGGACCUAAGCAGGUCAGGCUCUUCCGCGUCACUGUUCAAGGCCAGGCUGCCGUGUUGGCAACCAGCUCCCGGUCGUGGCUUGGUUACUCGGAUCAACAGACCAAGGCUUUCACACUGACGCCUUUGGCUUACGCUCCGCUUGAAUGGGGAUGGAGUUUCAACAGCGAACAGUGCACGGAGGGUAUGGUCGGUAUUCAGGGACAGCAUUUGCGCAUUUUCACGAUCGAAAACCUUGACAACAACAUGAUUCAGGAAAGUAUUCCGCUCAUGUACACUCCUCGCGAUUUUGUCCGCCACCCCACGGAACCCCUGUGCUACGUCAUCGAAUCCGAAAACAACGUCCUUGCUCCUUCCGACCGUCAAGCUCUUCUCAACGGUGCCGUGAAUGGAGAGGCAGAAGUCCUUCCUCCCGAGGAGUUUGGAUACCCACGUGCUGAGAGGAGAUGGGCUUCGUGCAUCCAGGUUGUCGACCCAAUCACCAACAAAGAAGUUAUCUACACCGUUGACCUCGAAGAGAACGAAGCCUGCGUCAGCGUGUGUGCUGCGCCUUUUGCGUCUCAAAGUGACGAGACGUUCUUGGUGGUGGGAACUGGCAAAGACAUGGUCAUGUCCCCGCGUAGCUACACCUGCGGUUAUGUCCACAUCUACAGACUUCUUGAAAAUGGUCGCGAGCUUGAGUUUAUCCACAAGACCAAGCUCGAAGCACCGCCCCUUGCUCUCUUGCCAUUCCAGGGCAAGCUGCUCGUCGGAGUCAACGCAGACCUCCGCCUGUACGACCUUGGCAUGCGACAGAUGCUCCGCAAGGCUCAGACACCGCACAUUGUCCCCAGGCUGCUGACCGGCCUGCAAACCCAAGGCAGUCGCAUUAUAUGUUCGGACAUUCAAGAGUCGGUCACGUAUGCUGUCUACAAGUACCAAGAAAACCGCCUCAUUGCAUUCGCCGAUGACACCAUCUCGCGCUGGACCUCGGCGACUACAAUGGUUGACUACGAGACGACUGCCGGUGCGGACAAAUUUGGUAACCUGUGGUUAGUGCGCUGCCCGCAAAAGGCAUCGGAGGAGGCGGACGAGGAGGGCUCAGGCGCCCACCUGCUGCACGAGAAGGGCUACCUGCAGGGCGCGCCGCACCGCCUCGACCUGAUGGCACACUUUUACACGCAAGACAUAGCGACAUCGCUGACCAAGACGUCUCUGGUGACGGGCGGCCGCGACCUGCUGCUCUGGUCGGGCCUGCAGGGCACGCUAGGCAUCAUGAUACCGUUUGUGAGCCGCGAGGACGUCGAGUUCUUCUCGAGCCUGGAGGCGCAGAUGCGGGCCGAGGACGCGCCGCUGGCGGGGCGCGACCACCUCAUCUACCGCGGCUACUACGUGCCGGUCAAGGGCGUCAUUGACGGCGACUUGUGCGAGCGGUUUUUGCGCCUGCCUCGCGAUAAGAAGGAAAUGAUUGCGGGUGAGCUGGACCGCAGUGUGAGGGAGGUGGAGCGCAAGGUCGGCGAUAUGCGCACGCGGGUCGCUUAUUAGUUGGGUGCGUACGAUGUGUAGGAUUGGAGGGUAGGGUAAGGAUGGUAUGGUAUGGUAUGGUAGGACGUGGUUAGAUGCUUGGAAGUGGAAGAGAAUUGUGGCCGCGCGGGUCUUGUGUGUAGUAGUAAAAAUUCAUCAAGCG